AUGUUACAGCUGAGCAGGUUGUUGGGUCCUUUGUUGAGGACUAUGUUACAGCUGAGCAGGUUGUUGGGUCAUUUGUUGGAGGACUAUGUUACAGCUGAGCAGGUUCUUGGGUCCUUUGUUGAGGACUAUGUUACAGCUGAGCAGGUUGUGUUGGGUCCUUUGUCGAGGACUAUGUUACAGCUGAGCAGGUUGUUGGGUCCUUUGUUGAGGACUAUGUUACAGCUGAGCAGGUCGUUGGGUCCUUUGUUGGAGGACUAUGUUACAGCUGAGCAGGUUGUUGGGUCCUUUGUUGAGGACUAUGUUACAGCUGAGCAGGUUGUUGGGUCCUUUGUUGAGGACUAUGUUACAGCUGAGCAGGUUGUUGGGUCCUUUGUUGGAGGACUAUGUUACAGCUGAGCAGGUUGUUGGGUCCUUUGUCGAGGACUAUGUUACAGCUGAGCAGGUUGUUGGGUCCUUUGUCGAGGACUAUGUUACAGCUGAGCAGGUUGUUGGGUCCUUUGUUGAGGACUAUGUUACAGCUGAGCAGGUUGUUGGGUCCUUUGUCGAGGACUAUGUUACAGCUGAGCAGGUUGUUGGGUCCUUUGUUCAGGACUAUGUUACAGCUGAGCAGGUUGUUGGGUCCUUUGUUCAGGACUAUGUUACAGCUGAGCAGGUUGUUGGGUCCUUUGUUCAGGACUAUGUUACAGCUGAGCAGGUUGUUGGGUCCUUUGUUCAGGACUAUGUUACAGCUGAGCAGGUUGUUGGGUCCUUUGUUGAGGACUAUGUUACAGCUGAGCAGGUUGUUGGGUCCUUUGUUGAGGACUAUGUUACAGCUGAGCAGGUUGUUGGGUCCUUUGUUGAGGACUAUGUUACAGCUGAUCAGGUUGUUGGGUCCUUUGUUGAGGACUAUGUUACAGCUGAGCAGGUUGUUGGGUCCUUUGUUGAGGACUAUGUUACAGCUGAGCAGGUUGUUGGGUCCUUUGUUGGAGGACUAUGUUACAGCUGA